AUAGUCUAUAUUUGUGGCCCGCCCUCUAUUACUUUAAAUACAUGGACUUCCAUAGUUCUGGUGAGGGCAUUUUGCAUAGCUAGAAGUUAUCACAUCUGGUGGUAUUCUUCCCAUUUCCCGGAGAAUCAAAAUACUAUGCAUGAGCCUCCUAGUGGAAACAAUUGUUAGAGGAUAUAUUGGAAUGUGCUUUGAUUCAAAUUCCUUUUCCUGUUCAUAAAUAAGGUGUUGCUAACCUACUAUCAAAACACUCUCAAGUCACUUGUCUCAAGCACCAUCUUAUUCUUCAGCUCUCUCUGUCUCUCUGAGAAAUCAAGUAGAAAACAUAAAGUUUUCAUCGAGAUGGUAAAGUUUUCCAAGCAGUUUCAGGGUCAGCUUGUUCCCGAAUGGAAAGAUGCCUUUGUUGAUUAUGGGCGACUGAAGAAAGAUCUUAAGAAAAUCCAUCUCUUGAACGUCGAAAAUGCACCCUCCAACCACCAUGAGAGCUCUAUAAGAAAAACCAUCUUCUCCUCGAUAAGAAAAAUCUCAUCAUUUGGCAACAAACGUCGAGACCAUGGGAUAAUUCAUGUUCACAAGAAACUUGAAUCAUCAGAAAGCAAAGGAGACAUGUACGAGACUGAACUGCUGGAGCAGUUUGCUGAUGAUAGUGAAGCAGCUCUAGAAUUUUUUUCAUGUUUGGACCUCCAACUUAAUAAAGUGAAUCAAUUUUUCAGAAAUAAAGAGAAAGAGUUCUUGGAGAGGGGGGAAUCUUUGAAGAAACAAAUGGAGAUCCUACUUGACCUUAAGAUUGCAAUAAAAUCACAACGUGCAAAUGAAGAUGAUCUAAAAGAAGAUGACUCCAUUUCGGGCACCAUUUCAUGUGAUGAAGAGUCCCCUCGGUGCAUAACAGAGCAAGAACGUGAGCAGGGUAACGAAAAGGAUGAUCAGUUUGAUCAGAAUGAUAUCGACUUCUCUGGUUCUUCAAAAUUUGAUGAGGCUAUGAAAUCAAUAAAAAUGAAAAGGGUGGACUCAAAUUCAAGAACUCCCUCAGGCCGAUUUUUCAGUUCUCAAGGGAAAAAUCUAAAAAUACAUAUUCCUCUCACCAAUCCAACCCGUGCAUUUUCAUAUCUACUGUGGGAUGAUUUAAUCAAGCAGUCGUCUAGAAAAGGUGCCAUGAAUGGAAAGAAUGUGCACAUCAACAAAACAAAAAUAAAUCAUGCCGGAAAAAUGAUUAAAGGAGCAUUCAUCGAGCUCUAUAAAGGUCUAGGCCAUCUCAAAACUUACAGGAAUUUGAACAUGCUAGCUUUUGCCAAGAUUUUGAAGAAAUUUGACAAAGUAACUAACAAACAAGUUCUUCCCAUCUAUUUAAAAGUAGUUGAAAGCUCAUACUUCAACAGUUCAGACAAGGUUAUGAAAUUAGCAGAUGAAGUUGAGGAAAUUUUUAUCAAACACUUUGCUGAAGAUGAUAAAAGGAAGGCCAUGAAAUACCUUAAACCAACUCAAAGAAAGGAAUCUCAUGCUGUCACCUUUUUCAUUGGGUUAUUCACAGGUUGCUUCAUUGUGUUCUUUGUUGGCUAUGGCAUUAUGGCUCAUAUAGCAGGAAUGUAUAGACCUCAGUCUGAUACAGUGUACAUGGAAACUGUUUAUCCAGUUCUUAGCAUGUUCAGCCUGCUGUUUUUACAUUUCUUUCUAUACGGAUGCAACAUUUUCGCAUGGAAGAAGACUCGUAUAAAUUAUAGUUUCAUCUUCGAACUCUCCCCAACAAAAGACCUUAAAUACAGGGAUGUGUUCUUGAUCUGUACUAUGGCAAUGACGGCUGUGGUUGGCGUCUUGUUUAUUCAUAUAUCUCUCAUAGCGAAGGGAUAUUCUUAUUCUCAAGUUCAAGUUAUACCUGGCCUACUACUAUUGAUUUCUUUUCUACUACUGGUCUGCCCUGUCAACGUAGUCUACAAAUCAACCCGCUAUCGCUUACUUCGUGUAAUAAGAAAUAUUGUUCUAUCCCCUCUAUACAAGGUUGCUAUGCUGGACUUUUUCAUGGCUGAUCAACUUUGUAGCCAGGUACCAAUGCUUAGAAACCUCGAGUAUGUCACUUGCUACUAUAUUACAGCAAGCUACAAAACUCAGGAUUAUGGAUACUGCCUGAGAACCAAAAAUUACAGAGAUCUUUCUUAUGCCAUAUCAUUCCUUCCAUAUUACUUGCGAGCUAUGCAGUGCGCUAGGAGGUGGUUUGAUGAAGGGGAAACCAGCCACCUAGUAAAUCUUGGCAAAUAUGUAUCUGCAAUGUUAGCAGCAGGAGCAAAAGUGACCUAUGAGAAAGAAAGAACUACUGGAUGGCUUUUUGUAGUUGUGAUCAUGUCCAGUGUUGCAACUGUUUACCAGUUAUACUGGGAUUUUGUAAGGGAUUGGGGUUUACUGCAGAAGGGCUCUAAGAAUCCCUGGUUAAGAAAUGAUUUGAUACUUCGUCAAAGAUUCAUUUACUUCCUCUCCAUGGGAUUAAACUUUGUCCUUAGGCUAGCUUGGUUACAAUCAGUGCUCCACUACAAUAUUGGCAGUAUUGACUACAGAAUCACAGGGCUGAUUUUAGCAGCCCUUGAAAUCAUUAGAAGAGGACAGUGGAAUUUUUACAGAUUGGAGAAUGAGCAUCUAAAUAAUGCUGGCAAGUUUAGGGCAGUUAAGAUAGUGCCACUUCCUUUUCAUGAAGUUGAUGAAGAAGACUGAUUAUAAUGGCAACACUUGGUUAGAGAAUAGGAAUUGUUGCUUAUAUGUUGCAAAAAAUCUCUUGAUCACUAAUCAAGUUGAUGGAACAGGAUUCAAAAGCACAUCAACUUUUUUAUCAUCACUUGAUCCACUGAUUAAUCAAUCCAUACCUGUACACACAACUUUUUGCAACAUCUUUGCAAACAUAAAUUAAUUGUGGAUUUAGAAUACUCAAGUAUUAGCCCUUUUGCA